GAAGGGGCGUGGCGAUCGCACCUGCGCGAGUUGAGGGAAGGAGGAGGGGCGUGAUGACGCAGGCGUAAUAAUAGAGAAGGUGCCAGAAAGAUCCAAAACAAGUGGCUGCGGCCGUCUCCCGGGGAGUUCUUUGACGCUGGGAACUGGCCCAGCUGCUGCGGCCGCCCCACCUCCGCCCCGCCCCCGGGCAUGGCGCUGUCAGCGCCCACCAAGACUCCGGGCCCGAGCUGGGAGGAGGACGAAUGCCUGGACUUCUACGGGAUGCUGUCGCUGCACCGCAUGUUCGAGGUGGUGGGCGGGCAGCUGAGCGAGUGUGAACUGGAGCUGCUGGCCUUCCUGCUGGACGAGGCCCCCGGGGCGGCCGGCGGUCUGACCCGCGCCCGCAGCGGCCUGGAGCUGCUGCUGGAGCUGGAGCGCCGCGGGCAGUGCGACGAGAGCAACCUGCGGCUGCUGGGCCAGCUCCUGCGCGUGCUCGCGCGCCACGACCUGCUGCCCCACCUGGCGCGCAGGCGCCGCCGCCCAGUGUCACCAGAACGCUACACCUGUGGUACCUCCAACUCUUCUUCAAAGAGGGCAGAGGAAAGCUGCAGUCACCGUCGCCAGUCAAGCAGUUCCUCAAAUGCUCAGCAGGGUCAGUGGGAGACAGGCUCCCCACCCACUAAACGGCAGCGGCGGAGUCGGGGCCGACCUAGUGGUGGUGCCAGGCGGCGGCGGAGAGGGGAGCAGGAACCAGCCAGACCCUCCUCAGAAGGCAAAGUGACCUGUGAUAUCCGGCUCAGGGUGCGAGCAGAGUACUGCGAGCAUGGGCCUGCUUUGGAGCAGGGUGUGGCAUCUCGGCGUCCCCAGGCACUGGCCAGGCAGCUGGAUGUGUUUGGGCAGGCCACUGCGGUGCUGCGCUCCAGGGACUUGGGCUCCGUUGUCUGUGACAUCAAAUUCUCAGAGCUUUCCUAUCUGGAUGCCUUCUGGGGUGACUACCUGAGUGGCGCCCUGCUGCAGGCCCUGCGGGGCGUGUUCCUGACUGAGGCGCUGCGUGAGGCAGUGGGCCGGGAGGCUGUGCGCCUGCUGGUCAGUGUGGACGAGGCUGACUAUGAGGCCGGCCGCCGUCGCCUGUUGCUGAUGGAAGAGGAAGGGGGCCGGCGCCCCAGCGAGGCCUCCUGAUCCUGGAUUUGGCUGGAUUGACCUGACCUCCCAGCCUCAGGGCUCACUUCUCCCCUAGAGGAGAAGACCAUCUUUGUCCCUGGAGGACUGGCUGCAGCUCUGAAGACAGUGCCAGCCAGGCCCCCUGAGCCCCACCCACAGGAUGUGGGUGCUGAGGCCCAAACCACUUCCAGCUGAGUUUCCUUCCCAACCUCCCCCAACCCCACCCUAGGUGUGUUCCCUCAGCUUCAGGAGGCUGGGGGCUCAAGCAGGCAGAUUCCCCAAGGAAGGGGGGAGGUGUCACCAUAUGCACCAAAGGCCCCCUGCACACGGCGUCCUGACGCUGGCUCUGUGUGUGCACACACCAACCUCUUUUGAGCCCUACCCCACGUUGGCCUGCUUCACAUACUUCUUUGGCCUAAGGGCUUCUCUCUCAGGAUCUCUGAUUUUAUAACCCCCACCCUGGGCUUUCAGCUGCACCCAUGGGCACUGGAGCCCAGCUGCACAGGGGGCCUGCUCACCUCACCCACACAUCUCUACAGCUGGCCAGGCCUGGCCCAGCUUCCACAAGCAGGCCUGGCUUUCAACCAUCUUCUGCUUCCCAGAGCUGGACACAAACUUGCACAUGGACCCGUACCUGGAGUGUUGCCGCUGUGCAGCAGCAGCAGCAGCAGUAGACCAGGCUUGCUGUCGCCUGUGGAGCCAUGACCAGAAACUUACGGCCUUCUCAAGGGAAGGCACAAAGGCUUGGGUGCAGAUGGGAAAGACCUCUCACAAAUGACACCAAUAAAGCUGCCUUGAAAGGGGCAUCGGUGGGCA